AUGUUUGCCGCGGCCUGCUCUGGUCUCGUUGCAUACGGAAUUCUUCAUAUGCGAGGCGUCGCAGGAUUGACAGGCUGGCAAUGGCUCUUUUUGAUUGAAGGGAUGUUCACCGUUGUCGUAGGAGUUAUUUUCCUGUCGCUUUUCCCCGACAGCGUGAUGAACCCCGUAUCAGUGCUCGGCAUUCGUGCCUUCACAGAGAAAGAGUCGUACAUUCUUACACAGCGAGUCCUGCGUGACGACCCCUCCAAGGCUCAUGCAAAGCCACAUGUGACGGGAACUGAGCUAAAGAAUGUUGUAAGUGUCUGUAAUAAUGCCACCAAGCAGGAUCAAUCCUGA